AUGACAGAGGACGCAGGACCAGGCCAAACAAUUUAUCAGCAACAUGCACACGCCCAAUUGCAAGCCAGUCAAGCUGCAGCGGCAGCUGCUGCGGCGGCGGCCAACCCUCAGCAACACUUACUCGCUCAGGCUCAUUCCGGCACCACUCAGCAGAUAGUCUUCGCCCAACCGAGUAGUCAACAGGCUCAAAUGGCUGCGGCCACCGCCGGUGCGGCUUAUCCCCAACAUGUCUAUCUGGCCUCUACAGGCACAGCCGGCGGGGCUCCCUCCUAUCAGCUGCUACCAGUCGGAUGCGCCACAGGACAGAAUUUCACCAGUCUUCUGCUCUCCGACCAGUCACAGAAGACCGUCGCCGCGGCUGGUCUCAACGUCGGUUUGCACGGGCAACAGCAGCACCUUGUCAUGCAAUCACAGCACGCUCUUCAACAGCAGCAGCAGCAACAACAACAACAGCAACAGCAGCAGCAACAACAACAACAGCAGCAACAACAACAACAGGCACAAUCAGGACAGUCGCAGCAGAUGCAAGCCAACGGACAAGCCGGAACACUCACACACUACUUGUCGGCGCCGGCGGCCACCGUCAGUCCUUCCGGCCAGUCGGGUGUAGCCAACGCGGCAACCUUCUUUCAAUCUGCCCCCGGCGGGGCUGCCCAAUACGCUUCGGCUGGCCUCGCGCGGGGUCUAACCUUACAACAACAACAACAACAACAGCAACAACAACAACAGCAGCAACAACAACAGCACGCACAGCAGCAACAGCAACAACAACAAGAAGCCGCUUUCCACGCUCAGGGUCAGGCUCAGGCCAAUGCGGCCGGCGCGACCACGCAGUAUAUAACACUGGCCAACGGACAACAGCUAAAAGUGAUGACUCUUGGCCCUGCCAACGGUCAGCAGCAAGCUCAGCAACAGCAGCUGGUGCAACCAGUUACGCCCGGCCAGGUUGCAGGCGCUCCCGGACAAAUCACGAUCACCGCUGCUUCAAGUGGUCACGCAGCACAGGCCAUGGCGACUGUUCCCGGUGCUGCGGUCGGCAUGGCGACUAUGGCGCCCGGACAGCAGCAGGUCGGUCUCCGCUGA